AUGAACUCUUUCACUCUCACAUUCAAUUCUCAAGAUCUAGAAUUAAAAUACUAAGAAACUCGAAAAGGCUUCACAUUACCAGUUUUCAAAGGUAUCAGUAUUAUUAGUCUGGUAAUUUGUGUAAUUAGAACAAUUAUUUCCAGUGUUGCAUAAUAAUUUAUUUAUGCCUUAGUAUUUCUUGGUCUUGGAAUAGCAGUAAUUAUUUCACAUUUCAUAAUUAAUAAACUUUAAAAACAAUGGAUCGAUUUUUAUUUGUUUACUAUUAAUCAUAUCUUAAUGAUUUAUUAAAUCACUGUCAAUAAUAGUUAUGAUUAUUAAGAAUCAUUUAUUUUUGGAUAGGUAAUGAUGACCUUACAUAUUAUUAUAAUCUUAAUAUCUGAUUUUAAAUAUGCUGUAAUUUAAAUUAUUAAUAACCUAAUAAUAAAAAUCUUAAUUGCUGAAUUAAGUAAUGGUGAUUUAUCUUUAAUUACAUAUUUAUAUGCUAUUUUAAUAGCGUUUAUGGCCAUAUUUGUAAUUUAAAGAAUUAAUAAAUAAUAUCGAUAGUCGUUCUUAUUUAUUAUCUAGGAUUAUUAAAAAGGUAUAAAUUAAAUAUCUAUUGUUUUUUUGUAGAAAAGUUCAUCCCAUUAUUAUUUGAUAAUCCAUUUGCUAUAUUUACUUUCGAUUAAAAUACUCUAGCAUUCUAGGUUGUAUAAUCUAACUUUACCUAAUUUCCAUAAUUCAACCCUUUAAACAAUAACCAAAAUAAUUUAAAAGCCUUUCUACGCAAUUACAAAAUAAAUAAUACUAUGAAAUUUGAAGAUUUUUUAUUCAAAAGAACUAAAGAAUAUACUAAUGAAAACUCUAUUAAUAAUUAGGAAUUCAUAUUAAAUCAUCAAAAAUUUGCAAAUCAAAAUAUUAUUAUAAAACUUUCUGAAGUUAAAGUUACUGAAUUGACUUUUGUAAUUAUAAUGGAUUAAAAAUCUAAACUCAUUAAAUCUUAAUCAGAAAAAAUUGAAUAACUUUGUGCUUGGAUUUAAAUUUGCUCUAAGAGUUUCUCGAAAUUCUUGAAAUCUUAAAUGGCUUUAACUUACAAAGCCUAACUUGAUUAAAAUAAAUAUGGUAAAAUAUAAAUUAAAUAUAUGCAAAUGAUAAAUAAGUUAUCUCAUUAAACAGAGAAUACACUAUCAUCUUGUUAGAUUUAAAUUAAAUUGAAAUAAAUAUUUUAAUAUUAUGAAUCAUCUUAUAAUAUUAAAAUUAAAUGUGAAUAUCACAUCCAACCUGAUUAUACUAUCAUCACAAAUAAAUAAAUACUCAAUAAAUUACUUUUUGGUUUAAUGAAAAUUUUAGUUAAAAUAAAUGAAAAAUAAGUUGAUUUUAUUUUAUAAGAAUAAUCAGAAUUUUUGGAUAUAUUUAUAUCUUUAAAUUAAUUAAACAUAUUUAAUUUAGAAUUAAUGAAAAAAAAUCAAUAUAGAAAAGCAUUAAAAAUACUUGGUCCUUUCGAUUAGGCAAUAUUUACUUAGGAAAGUAAAAAUUAAUUUUAUUAUAGAUCUAAUUAUACGAAUUUAUAAAAAUAUGGAGAUCUUGAAAGAUUUAAAACCAUUUAACUAUUAAUGA